AUGGUGCUGGUGCUGCUGGUGGCCAUCCCGCUGCUGGUGCACAGCUCCAAGGCGGCCGCUCACUAUGAGAUGCUGGGCAGCUGCCGCAUGGUUUGCGACCCCUACCCCGAGCUGCCUCCCGCCUCCCCCCCUCCUUUCCUACCGGGGGCAAAGGGAGAACCGGGGCGCAAAGGGCGUGCUGGCGUUCGGGGCCCCCCCGGACCACCGGGACCGCGGGGACCACCAGGUGAACCGGGUCGACCGGGACCACCAGGACCUCCAGGGCCGGGUCCUGGGGGGUACAUCCCCUCCUUCUACAGCCCCAAGAUUGCGUUCUACGCGGGCCUGAGGAAGCCCCACGAGGGCUACGAGGUGCUGCGCUUUGACGACGUGGUGACCAACGUGGGCAACUACUACGAACCAUCGAGUGGCAAAUUCACCUGCCCGCUCCCCGGCAUCUACUUCUUCACCUACCACGUCCUCAUGCGCGGCGGCGACGGCACCAGCAUGUGGGCUGACCUCAUGAAGAACGGGCAGGUUCGGGCCAGCGCCAUCGCUCAGGAUGCGGAUCAGAACUACGACUACGCCAGCAACAGCGUCAUCCUGCACCUGGACGUGGGUGAUGAGGUGUGUGUCAAGCUGGAUGGUGGCAAAGUGCACGGCGGUAACACCAACAAGUACAGCACCUUCUCAGGCUUCAUCAUCUACCCUGACUGA